GAUCGCAUUCAUGUUAUUGUUAUUGCUCGCGCUACCUACACAAGGCUCACCGCCUAUUGCUGGGGGACCCACCGGACUGUACCUGAUGACAGCGCCGGGCAAGCCCCGUGCUCCAGAAGGCCACUAUCCGCUGCUUUAUCCCUGCCGCGCCUUCGGCCGGCCUUCGUCGUGCGUGUCUUUUUGGCAAGCAAGUGAAUAGGGUCUAAGUCUUAAUGAUGACCAGAAAUGGAGAUUUUAUCUUCCAGGCGAAAUUGGACUCUAAAUUCAGCAGUCGGAAGUGCCUAAAAUAUUGUUUCAUGUGAGUGAGGAUGCUAUCUCACAACUGGAUAUAAUUUCUUCUGAAAAUGCUUUAGAAACAUUUUACUUCAAAAAUGGAAGAAGGAGACUUGGGGUUUGGUCAAGGAUUGAAACCUGGAGCUAUUUCUACAUCUACUGAAGAUGUGGACUUAUCGCCUCGGCAACAAGACCUACAAAUCAAUUCAGAAUCAAGAGAACAAGAACCAGACGUGGUAAGAAAAAGCAAUGGCUCUAGCAGGAGACUUAAGAGGAGCAACAGUCUAGGUUCAGCAAUAAAAAGGGAUAGAAAUGGUGAGAAUGAAAGGGAGGAGAUUCCUGAGUUUGCAGGAGUGCCAAUGGGAACAUCAUUCAGACAGCAGAAAGUUCUAUACAGUCAAAACAUCACAGAUUUCCUCAAGAAGAAGGACAAGAUAAAGCUAUCUGCUGAUGUAAAAGGGUCUGCUGUUCCUGCUUCAUUUUUUGCUGUCCAGCAAUCUAUUGUUAACAGACUCCAAGAAGCAUCAAAUGAAGUAAUAGUUUUACAAAGUGAAUUGGAAGCUUCUAAAUCUCAACUAGACAGCAAGUACAGGGCAAUACGCAUUCUUCAAAAUCAGGUGGCUGCAUUGAAUGCUGAGAAACAAAGAAAUAUCAAUACAGUACAAGAUCAAGCCAAAGUUCUUCAAAAGGAGGUGAAUGCGUUACAGUUUGAAUUGGAUGCCAAGUCAAGUUCAUUUAUGUUCAGUGAGCAGACAUGGGCUGAAAGAUUUGAUAGGCUGAGUAUUGAAAAUACUGCCCUCAUGGCAACGUUACAGGCCAGGUCCGAUGAGGUCAGACGAUUACAUGCUGACAAGAUGGCUUUAAAAAGAGAGAGGGAUGAACUAUUGGCUAUGAUGGAUGCAAAUGAGAGACUGCAGUACGACAGACAUUGGUCUUCCAAGAAUGAUGCUUGCUUAAACAACUCAAUAUCUGAGCAAAUGGCCGUGCUUGGUUCGUGCUUGUGUCGUGGUAAUAAACCAGAGCCUUGCCGGUGUGCUAAGACAGCUGCCUUACUAAAAAAAGAUAACAGUUUGCUCAAAGAUGAGAAUUUCAAGUUAAAUGAGAGUCUCAAGGAAGCCUACCUCGUAGCCGAUGCCUUCCGGAAAGCCUUUGAAGAACAACUCAACCGAAACUCAUCGAUGAGCAAAGAGCUUGCCGACUCCCCUCCUCAUUCUGCUGCAAAAGACGUUGAGAAGAAUGGAAUGAGGAGAAAACCUCUCCUACCAUGGAUGAAGAAGACGCCGUCAAAGAAUGGACAUUGUCAAAGGGAUGAUGUUGGUAAGCUGCUAGCAGAAUCACUGGACAUACAAGCUCUAGUGGUCAGUGAACUAGAUGAGAUCCAUCAUGAAUGGUCGAGAAGUGUUGGGGUUCAAGUCUCACAACCAAUGCCUGAUCUCAUCAGGAACAUGGCCGAACUGCUGAAUGAUAAAAGUGAAGCCUUAGCUCACCAGCGGUUGGUUACCAAGAUGUUAGCAAGACGUACUCAAGAUCUAGAAGCAACCAUGAAGAAAUACAGUGAUCUUUAAUACCAGAUGAAUUACCUCAAAUAGUAUCAAAAAUGAUUGGGGGCUCUUAAAAACAAACUCUACUGUCAGUAAUGGAUGUAAAAUCAUUGUAAGUCUGUAAGUGGCCUUUGAGAAUAAUACCUCAGUUCAAGAGAGUUUGGAUCAGGGACUUAGUAGUGCAAGCUGGUAUAGAUAUUCUAUCAGCCAUUGAAAUGCCAUGAUUUCACUAGCUUAUAACCCUAAUAAAGCUGGGUAUAUGGAACUUCAUGUAUCUCACAUCCAGUGAGAGUCCAUUCUCUCCAUUCAAUUCAAAUUUUGAUAUUCAUUAUAAAUUGAUUAUGAUAUUAAAUAUAUGUAUAAAAGCAUGUGCUUUACUUCAUAAUUAGGUAUUUGUGCCAAAGAUGUUUUAGGUAACAUCAUACUUAGUGACAGGUUAGUGAUAUGUUAUAUGGCUGCAUAAUUAUUUAUUUUAAAGGCUGAAGAAUGGGUACUUUUGGUGGAGAAUGCAGACAUUCUAAAUAAUUGCAUGUUUAUGUGAAAUUCUGUAUUAUCCAGAUUACUCUAAUUAAUUUAAUUCAUAACACACUCAAAUGGAAAUUGGAUGUUUUGUACCUCUUAUAUUGGGUUUAUCAUAAAGCUAUUGUUCUCAUUCAGUGGAACAGUUUAAAAUUGAGUGUCAUAGCUCUUUCAUGAUUUUGGAUUAAGGACAUCCUCUCCUAUUGACCAUUCCUAUAAACCACAUGACCUUUAAAUACAUGCCCUUGUGAAUAAAAUUGUUUUUAAAAGCCACCUCACACCUGACCGAAUGUAGGCUGACGAAGGGUGACGAAUGGGAGAAAUGCACGCAAAUUCAACAAUUUCAAAUAAAAUUUCCGUCAAAUCAUGCGAUCAGUAACUAUUGUCAAAUUUUAUCAACGAAAGGUAAACGAAGGAUUAAUAUGACAUGCGAAAGAUAUUGAUCUUUCGGUUCACCCCUUUGAGUAAAUUGCAGCCGAAGGCGAGCGAAGGGUUGAUAUAACCAAAUAAGAUGAACGAACAGUGAGCAAUGGUUUGAUAUGGCGUGCGAUUAGAAACGAAGACGAGGUAAUAGAUUGCAUUACGUCAAACCCCCGUUUGGAGAAAGACCGCAGUUCAGAUUGCAAACUGCGGGUUUAUACCCCAUUUUACGUUUGGAAAUCCCAAAAAUCAUUUCUAAGCCCUGAAAAACCCUGCUUGACCAGGUAAUCCCUGCUGUCUCAAUUUCACCUCCACAGGCCAGUAUAUGAGCGUUGAGCCAAGGACGAAAUGAUAAACAACAGCUGUGCUAUUACGUAAAACUUCUCUGCCUGUAGUAGGACCUUCGGAAUGAAAUUUUUGUAUUCGAUAUUUAAUCACGUUUUCAAAGGCAUAUUGCAUUCAGAAAUCCAAUGUUAGUCCAUUUUCAAUUUCGAACGAAGAAAAUCGACCUCGAAAUAAGGAAAGUAAGCGAAUAAAAAUGACGGCAUGCUUUGCAGGGACCGCGCUCAGCGCUGCGCAUGCAUCCCAUCGUGUGUGGCCCCCUGCUGUGACUGUAUAUGCCGGGCUGUUGUGUUAUCUUCGGACCGAGGUCAAGAAACAGGUGUUUUGAUACUUAAAUUGCUUGCUUGGGGGCAGUUAGGGUUUGUCGUACUUGGAGAAGAGAAUUGAUGAAGAGGGAAACAGGGGUAUAGUGUUCUCAAAUGGAGGUUUUCGUCAUGGAGCGUUCUUGUAUGUCUAGUCCCUCAUCAAAAGCGUGAUGAGGGACUAUGCGUGACAAUAACACACAAACGAUAAACGAACGAUUACCUCAGACUAAAUAAGAGAUGCGAAUUCAAACAGAUGACCAACAAUUUUUCAAUUCGUCUGGAAAUUUUAAACAUGUUCAAAAUUUCCGCGCGAAUUUGAAUAAUAGCAGCUGUAGUUCAGAAGGUGUACGAACCCAAACACGAAGGGUAAAUAUGAUUUAAUAUCCUUUCGCCAGCCAUCGCAAGGCAUAUUUCAGGCAAUUCGGUUAGGUGUGAGGGGGGCUUUACAAUAUUGCACUACCUCCUUGGUGUUAACAUGUUCUUGGGUUCAUAACACAAAGCCUAGUGACUGAUAGUAUGAUGGAUUAUUAUGAUUGAUUUUAUAUUAUGAUCAAUUGCUCAGUUUUGUUUUUUAACAAACGCUAGAUAUGAACAUGUCAACUUAGUCACUGUAGACGAUAGAUGAGAUAUUGAGUUUUGAAAUUAAUAAGUGUUGGGUGGUUGAAUUAGCUGAAGUAUUAAGUCUCUUAUAUUUUUCCCUAUAUGCUGACAAUGUUAAUGACAUUCUAAUAACAACUGACAGUACGUACAUGUAUAUAUGAAAAUAUUUAAAUACGUCACCUGUUCAUCUAAUUAUUAUUAUAUUAUAUGUCUUAUAUAGAGAAUUUGUUAUAGUUAAUGAAUUGUAUUUCACAUGCUUAGAAUGUUGCUGGUUGAUUGGUUAAGAGUAUGUCAUGUGAUUAAUUGUAGAUGGUGUUCUUUACAAUGAUCUCUCAAGUUAAAGGGGAAUGAAACUCUUGGAGCAAGUUAGCUUUUGUGAAAGCAGAAAAAUCAAAGAAUAUGAUCAACAAAAGUUUGAGUAAAAUAGGACUAGCAAUAGAAGAGUUAUGAGCAUUUGAAUGUCGAGAUCACUAAUGCUAUGGAGAUCCUCCCAUUGGCAAUGCGACCAAGAUCUAUGAUGUCACAGAUGAACAACUCUCCCCUUUUGGACACUGAAAAUAUACCCUAAAACAUCUCUUUUUGCUCAUUCUAAUCAUAUGACAAACGAUUCAUCAAUGAUAUAAUGUUGUGAAACCUCUGUACUUGUCCUCUCAUAAAGAGAACACAUCACCUUGUGAUAGACUCUAUAAAAAUGAGAAUAUAAGUGAAAUAAGUACUAAAGUAAUGAGGGAGUUGUACGUGUGUGACAUCACAGAUCUUGGUCGCAUUGCCAAUGGGAGGAUCUACAUGGCAUUAGUGAUCUCAAUAUUCAAAUGCUCAUUACUUUCUUAUUAUUCAUUCAAUCUUCCUCAAACUUUCAACAAUAUGUUUCUUUGAUUUUUCUCUUUGAUAUGGAUUCAGCUGGUUUCAAGGGUUUCAUUCUCCUUUAACAGCUUUGAUUGACUGUCACAGUGAAUAAUGAAUUUGUGUAAUGUCUUGGCUCUAAACGCAUUUAAAUAAGCAUUAAGAAAAGCUUCACAAAUAAUUCUUUGUUCCGUCAAUGUCAACUAACAGUAAUUAUUGGCUUAUUAUUCUGCAAUGUCAAAACAGGAAUGAAGUAUUGAAUCAUUUGAAUGCAUUAUAAAAUAUGACU